AUGGGCAAGAAAAGUAAGGCCCAGUCGGACAAUGUCUCGCAACCAGGCAAGACAGACGUUACUCUGCCCUUUUUGGGCGGAAAGGCUGCCAUUGACCCAUCAUUGGCUUCAUUGUUCGAAAAAAGUGCUGGUCCAGUGAAAGCUCCGCCUGUGCAGCCGAUGGUCACUCAGAGAAAGGACAAUGAGCCAGAAGAUGAUGUAGAAAAGGAAGAAGAUGAUGAAGAAAUUUCCGAGCUUGAGGAGGGCCCGGAAAGCGAAGAUGAAGAUAUGCAGGACGUUUCGGAAGUCGCCAGUGAUGCUGAGAGUACGCCGGCCGUGGAUACCCAAGCCAGUUCGGGCAGGAAACGGAAAAGAGCCGCUGCGGAAGAUCUCGAAGAGACUUAUAUGCGGCGUAUAGCAAAGGAGGAGCAGAAGGAACAGGAAAAGCGUCGCGCCGAGAAGGCAAAGAGGCAGAAAGUUGAAGAGGAAGGAGAUGGCCCUGAUUCUGCGUCGGACAAGUCUAAAGACGAGGAUGAGGAAAGUUCGGAGGACGAGGACGAAAUUACAGUCCCCAAGCACGAGACUCAGAGCGGUGAUCCGGAGUCCAAGGAACUCGAAAAGAGUAAUCGAACCGUGUUCCUCGGCAACGUCUCGAGCCAGGUCAUCAAGUCCAAAUCGGCGAAGAAGACCCUAUUGAAGCAUCUGGCAUCCUUUCUUUCCACUCUUCCAGAAUCUACAGGGCCUCACAAAGUCGAAUCGAUUCGGUUUCGCUCCGUGGCCUUCGCAAGCGGCGGGAAAGUCCCCAAGCGAGCUGCCUUUGCUAGACGUGAGAUAUUGGAUGAUACUACACCAAGCACCAAUGCGUACGCUGUUUACAGUACGGUGCAGGCAGCGCGGAAGGCACCUGCGGCCUUGAACGGCACUGUUGUUUUAGAUCGACACCUUCGUGUCGACAGCGUUGCGCAUCCGUCCCAGAUCGACCAUAAGCGGUGUGUCUUUGUUGGCAACCUUGAUUUCGUGGACAACGAGACCGACCCCGAUGAAGACGAGAAGAAGAAAAAGAAGAAGUCGGGGCCCGCGGACGUUGAGGAAGGUUUGUGGCGCACAUUCAACGCUCAUACCAAGGGAUCUAAAGAACGGACCUCAAAAGGCAAUGUCGAGUCUGUCCGGGUGGUCCGUGACCGUACUACCCGCGUGGGCAAAGGCUUUGCUUAUGUACAGUUCUAUGAUCAGGUCUGUGUGGAGGAGGCACUUUUGCUCGACGGGAAGAAGUUUCCUCCCAUGCUGCCGCGGAAACUCCGGGUGACGCGGGCCAAGAAGCUCCCCAAGAAGCGUGAUGGCCCAGAGACUGGGUCUCAUGGCAAAGCGCUUGGGGAGGGCUUCUCGACGCUUCAAGGCCGUGCAGGUAAGCUCUUUGGUAGAGCCGGUGCGGCUAUGAUGAAGGCCGAAGGGAGAAAGUCUAUAUCCGGGAACUCGGUGGUGUUUGAAGGUCAUCGAGCAACAGAGGGCGGAUCAUCGCGCGUCAAAAUUAAGACCAAGAGCCGUGGCUCCAAAGGCAAGCCGAAGAAUCGGAGCGCCAAGCGAGCUGCAGCCUACCAGGCUGCCGGAGGCAGGAAAGGAAAGAUGGCAAAAUAG